AUGACAGAUACAGAUAUCACAGUAGACUUUGUGAAAUUAACUUCAGAAGUUCUCGAUUUACAAACAGUUGUUAAUAUUGUCAAAGACAAUGGUGCCGGUGCGAUUUCAACAUUUAGCGGAACCACGCGCGACACCUACCGAGUAGAUAAGAAAGUCGUUAAGCUAGAUUAUGAGGCAUACAUUCCAAUGGCCGAAAAGGUCCUGUUUUCAAUAAUUUCUGAGGCAAGGUCUAAAUGGGAGUUAAAAAAAAUUGCAGUUUAUCAUCGCCUGGAAACUGUUCCUGUGGGAGAAAAUAGUGUUAUAAUUGCUGUAUCUAGUGUCCAUAGGAAAGAAUCUCUUCAGGCUGUUGAAUGGUUAAUUAAUCAACUAAAAGAAAAGGCACCGAUUUGGAAAAAAGAGAUUUAUAGCGAUGGAAGCGUGUGGAAAGAAAAUAGAGAGAACAGAGUUUGCUGUUAG